AUGGUGCGCCAACGCACCAACGCAGCGGCUGAGGGACGCGGCGCUAAAGCAACCCCCCCUCCGCAGAAGGGAGUGGAGUCACAGGCGCAGACGCCGGAGCUACCUCAGACCCAGCCCAACCCUGUGCAGCAACCCGACCAUGCGCAGCCAGAGGAGUCAUCGGAGGAAGAGGUGGUGGUAAUCACCACCGUCCAAGCCCCUGCCGUGGUCGAGGUGGAGUCGAUCCCUGAGCCGCCGGCGCCCGCCGCGCUAGUGAUUCCGCCGCACUACGUACUGGAAAUUGAGCGCGUCGUUUCCGUUAAGCUGCCGCCCCGUGUGACACAGACAGCAGAGACGCAGCGUGGCCUUUACAUGUUCUCAGCCCAGGCUGGCAAGCCCCCGACCCCUCCUCCGACGGCCCAGCAGCACGCUGUAUACCGCCCCGACACGGCGAACCUCGGCACGCGGCAGUGGUCUCUUGGCACCGACUCGCGCAUUCAGCAGCCCCCGCAGCAGCAGCAGGCUUGGCCUUCGGCUAGCCAGUUCGACUACUGGAACAACUCGGAGCGUGUACCGGCUUCCCGGCCGUUCAUUGGCACCCAGGCACAGGCGCCGUACAACUCUUACCCUUCCGCGGUGCCGUUCUCGCACCAGCGCACCUCAGGCAAUGCGUUUCCCGUUCGCUUCCGCUCCAGUGAGGUGCCCGAGUCGGCUCUGCGCCAGCAGUCUGCCGUUCCCUUCAACCGCGCUUCCCAGCCGACAAAUGGCGGCGGCGUGUGGUAG